UCAAAAGUGACACACCCCAUGGCAACAAAUUCAAUCAAGCUAUCCCUCAUUUUUCUUCUAACAAUUUUCAUAACCUCAAAGGCCAUAUUACAUGACCAACUUAAAGAAACAAACAUGACACUAUAUUUUCAAGAUUGGUCUGGUGGUCCAAAUGCUACUGUGCUACAAAUAACAGGCCAUCAAGAUCAUGGUAUUCUAAGUUUUGCCAAAUUUGGUUCUGUUUUCGUUACUGAUGAUCCAAUAACACAAGCCUUCGAUAAAAACUCCGCGGAAAUCGCUAGAGCUCAGGGCAUAUAUGUUACGUCUGCGUUGGAUGGCAAAAUUUCUCAUGUGCUAAUAUCGAUUAUUUUCACCAAUAAUGAAUAUAAAGGUAGCACUUUGGAAAUUCAAGGUGCUAGUCCUCAAUUUGAAAGAGUAAGAGAAGUGGCAAUUGUUGGUGGUACUGGAAAAUUUAGACUUGCUCGUGGAUAUGCAACUUUUGAGACUAUUCACUUUGAUUUGGCAAUUCAUUACGUUGUUAUUCAGUGUAAUGUUACCAUUUUACAUUACUAAUUGGUAGACUACAAAAUAAAGUGAAAAUUGUACUGCCGUUUAAUUUGUUUUCGAUUUUAUUUGUCGAUGUAAAGGCUACCUAGCUAGAAUAACAACAACAACAUACCAAUGUAAUUCUACAUAUAGAAUAUGGGGAGG